CGCUGUAUGAAUACCUACCCAUCCCUUUUCUUUUCUCUCUCUCUCUUCCUCCUCGCUUUGUCUAUCUGUGUAAAAUCAGUGCUUGCAGAUUCUCUCUCUCUCUAUAUCUCUGUGUCCUCCUGUAUCUCUCCUCUUUGGAGGAGCCUUUAACCCACCUAAGGCGUUCUGUCUUGUUGAUUGGAGAAGAAAGAAAAGAUGAACAGGUGCACUUACCAGCAGAGGAACGCCAUGGGAGGCUGCGAGGAGAGGAUAUAUGGUACGGUGGUUUGCCCUAAACCUCGUCGUUUGAGUGUCUUGAAUCCUUCUUCCAUUAACGAUCAAACCAGACCUUUGAGAUGGCCUGCCAACAACCAACCGGAGAUUGGAGAUUCUAGGGCAGGAGCAGAGCUUCUGGACAUAUUUCUCACCAAGGGAAGUUAUGGUGGGGAAAAGUUCAACAGUCAGGUGGCUUCAUCGCCACCGUAUUUUUGUGGAUCCCCGCCGAGCAGAGCUUCAAAUCCUGUAAUCCAAGAUGCUCAAUUCGGCUGCGACAUCGUGACUCCACCGUCGCCGCGCGUCGCAGCCGGUGGGUGUGUCAGGAUGAAGUUUGGACACAAGCCAGCGGCGGUGAGAAUUGAAGGGUUUGAUUGCCUGAGCCGAGACCGGCGUAGUUGCAGCAUCUCUGCCGUGGCUUAAUCUUUGUUGAAAGAAAAAAAUAAAACCACCAUUAAGGGGGAAAACCCGAAAGAAGAAGGAAGGAAAAUUUUGACAUUGAAAGGAAACUGGAGAGAGAGAGGAGCUAAAAUGGUAGUUUGUGUUUACUGGUUACUAGGGUUUCUGUAAAUACAGUUGAAGAAGAAGAUAGUGAUGAUGGGUUAUGGAAUUUUUACUGGAAAUUUUCUUUAGUUUUUGUGCUACUGCUCUCAUUAAUGUGUACAUGUAAUGAAAGUGAUGAGAGGUGUUUAAUUUUGAAGAAUAAAGAAAAAGCUUGAGAGUGAUAGAGAGAAGAAAACUCCAAUUCUCUUGUAUUAGGGUUUUUUUUUUUUUUUUGUUUUUGUUGAUGUAAUGAUUGAGAAGAGAAGAUUGUUGUUUGGGACAAAACACUACUUUGUAAUAUUCCCUGUUUGUUUA